AAGAGAGAGAGAAUGGGUCUUGAAAUCGAUGAUGAUCGUUGAAAGUGGAAGUUGCAGAAGAAGGAGAUGGAAAAGAACCCAACUUUUUUCUUGACACGGAAGCUUUGUUGGGGUGGAGGGUGGGGGCCGUCUGCCUGUCCAUAUCGAUGUUGUCCAGCCUCAACUGCUUUCGCUUAUUCUUCUACUAUGGAAUGUCAUAAAGCCAAAUCAUACUCAGAGUACGAUUUUCUCUCUCUUCUUUUUCUUCUUCUUAUCAGAUUUUCGGCAUUUAGUUUAAUCUCCUUCCUCCUUCUCCUCUUCCUCUGCCCUUCCACUUUCGUCAGCCUUUAACGGCGCGACCUGAACGAAGAUUUCUUUGCCGUGUUACGAUUACGCUUCUCCUUUUUGGUCGGUGUAGCAAUAUACGAAAAGAAUAAAGAAAAUCUGAAACGGGUUUCAGUCGUAGAUGCUCUGAUUUUUGUAGACAUUAAAGAAAAGAGGGGAGACUUUGUUUGGAGGUUUCUAGUUCCAGGUUGCUGAAUAUUGAAUUGGGUUCUUCGGUUUUGGGAUGAAAAGCUUGGAUUUCCGCGCUUUCAGAAGAUUGUUUGUCGUGGAAGCUUGUAAUUGUUCGAGAACAAAUUAGGAUUUAUAACCCAAUUAUGUUCAGAGAAAAGCUUUUCAGCAAUAUCCCCAUCUAUGAUCCUGGAAGCUGGAAGAAAGUCAUUCCCUCACCUCACUCAGAGUUGCUUGGAGCUAUAAUUAGCUAAAUGUCGUUUCAGCUGGGGGAAAGUGCAGAUUGGCAAAAGCUUCACGAGCCCUUAACUGGAAGAUGCUCCAUUAAAGACGGAAAACAAAAGUGGUAGGCAAAAAUUUUUGAUUCCUUUCAAACCAAAGCAGCAAGGAUCCUUGGCUUGGAAGAUUGGAGUUUGAAAUUGGAAUUUGGUUCUCCGCUUCUUUCCAAGAUAUCUCCCACUUGACUCAACUCAUCAACAUUCAUAAUUUCAGGUUUGAUUUGAUCAUUUAGUAAGAUUAUUGACACAUUCCAGUGUUGAAUAAUCAUUCAGUAUGGGAAAGAAAUCAAAGAGACACACCCUACACAGUGAGGAAGACCAGUCAAACUGUAUGACUGGUUUGAUUAGUAUAUUUGACUUCCGCCAGGGUCAUUCUGCUCAGAAGCUGCUUUCGGAUAUAAAAUGUGGGUUUGGGCGUGCUUCCGCAGGUGGUGGAGAUCUAAAGAGUAGACGUAAUUUGCUAACUAGUUUGGAUGAAAUGUGUCAAGGCAGUGAUGAAGGUGACAAAAGAAAAAUACAGAAGGUUGAUGGUGCUAAGACGAGUGUGAAGAAACUCAUGGAAGAAGAGAUGUCAAAUGAGCAGCAACCAAAACACCAGAUUGGAAAUGUUGCAGUGGAAGAGACAAUCUGAUCCGAAAAAUGGAUUGGGAAAGAACCAUAAACAGGCAACCAAGUCCUGCACUGGAACCUGUGAUAUGCAAGUCCAUGAUUCUAAAGCUUCUGCAGGCUUAAAUUAUAAACUACCUCAUGAUAUUCCAAAUUCAGAGGAGCAAUUUUCAAAUAAAAUCAAUCUAGUUGCAGUAAUGGAAGAGUUCUGCAAUCAGUUCCAUGAUACCCAAGAAGCACAUCUGCAGCAUGAGAAUGUAGGAAAAUUUAGUGAUGUACAAGGAAGUACUAGUUUAGUGAAGCAUACCCAUCUUGAUAAGCUUAAUAUGCAGACUAGUAUUCCAGAAAAACUGAGUGAAGCAACUGAGGCAUUUCUGAAUCAGAAGUUCAUUGAAGCAGAACAGCAGAACAGAGGUCACCAGGCCAAACUAUUCAUGGAUGCUUUAGAGAUGUUGAACUCAAACAAGGAACUGUUUUUGAAAUUCCUACAGGAUCCAAACUCUCCAUUGGUGAAACACAUCGAAGACCUACAGGAUGCUCAAGCAGUGGCUGGACGGACGAAACUAUCACCAGAAGAGAAGAUGGGUAAUUCCAGGGAAUGUGAGGAACUCAUCAGUGAGAAAAAGUUACAAAAGCAAAAUGUGCAUGCUUUUUUUAGGAGAAAGAUUAAAUCUCAGAAAAUAAAGCCGUCAAAGGGAAGCGACAGUCCUCAGGCCUUGAACAAUAAAGUUUUGUUGAAGCCCGGACCAAAAGACAAGCAAAAUUCUGCAACUGAAACCAGUCCUAACUUAAGAACUGAAGAACCAAGGGUGAAAAACAACUCCCAUUUUUUUUUCACAGAAAUUGGAAAGAAGCUGAAACAUGUCAUGGGUGAAAGUAGAAAGGAGCAGCGUUGGCCUCCUAUAUUGCGCAGAGUACCUUCCAAGCACCCAGAAUCAGAAGCUAGUAAAGAGAAAAAUGAAGAUGUCACUGAAAGGGGUUCACCUAGAGAAAGCAAUUUCCAUAUUGGAAGAAUCACCGAUCCAUCUAUCAAUGUUGAGGGAAGAGGCAAGUUAAGUCAGUCAAAAGACCUUGAGCCAAGUCAGUUGAAGGACCAUGAACCAAUCAUUGGAUAUGAAGUUGCUCCAACCAGUGUUGAUGGCCAAAACAUCACCAUGAAAAGUGUUGAAAAUUUCAAACAAAGUGAAUCCCAUAUCUACAUUGAGGCUGUAAAACAUCUAUCUGAUAUCGUCAGCACUAGAAAGGAAGAUAUCAAUUUGUCGAGUGGACAGAUCCCAAAGACCUUGGGGAGGAUACUUUCACUUCCUGAAUACAAUGUGUCACCUAUUUUCAGUCCAGGAAGGGACAAGGAACAUGGCUCAGUAACUGCAGAGAUGAGAGUUCAGCCUCAUGACAAUGUCCAGUUGAUCAGUGAGAAUGUGUGGCAGCUUAAAGAAGACAAUGGUUCCGGAAAUCUAAUCCCACUGAGGCAGAAUAUACACUCUCCACCAUGCAAUAUUGACCAUAAAGCCGACAGAAAACUGCAAGUCCCCGACUCAAAUUCAAAUAUCUCACAACAGCUUUCUCCUGAUAGAAAAAUACAGGAAAGCAUUUGUUCUGCUAAGGAGUUCAGUCCAGAAGCUGACAUAAAUGCUGUUGAAAUAACUAACAUCGAGCACCCAGAAGAGUAUAUCCCCUUGGAAAUUUGCCCUGAGCCAGAUUGCAUUACAGCUUUUGACACAACCAACCGAAGCAUAGAUACAACCAAAACUUUUGAGGAAGAAGAAACUUCUGAAUGCUUGAGGCUGGACUCACCUGAAGAGAAUCAGUCAUCAUCUUCAGCUUCAGGUCCCUCCUCACCAAGUUCUGUAAUUAUUCAGAAAUUCGUAGAUCGUGAAGGCAUAACUGACAAACCCGAACAGCCAAGUCCAGUGUCUGUUCUUGAGCCAUUCAUCAUAGAAGAUGCUACCAGCCCUGGCAGCUUUAUAUCCCAGCCAGUUGAGCCACCAAUUCAACCACUGCAGAUUCAUCUUGGAGAAUAUGACUCUUCAGCCCUGCUGUCAGCAAGUCCUGAUCCAGAAAUCUAUGUAAGUUGUGUGGGGGACAAAAAGUUCACCUUCGACUUUGUCAAGGCAGUACUAAGAAUCUCUGGCUUCAGCAGCUGGGAUGAAUUCAUGGGGAGGUCACAAUAUACAGACCAACUACUUGCCCCUUCUUUGUUUGAUGAAGUGGAGGCUUUGUCUGAUCAACUUUGUAGUGAUCCAAAGGAGCUCUUUGAUUGCAUCAAUGAAGUUCUUGUGGAGGUAUAUGAGCGUUAUUUUGCUUGCUCCCCUUGGGUAUCAUUUGGCAAACCAAACAUCAGACCAGUCCCAGUAGGGAAAAAUCUCAUCCGUGAAGUAUGGGAAGGCAUUGAUUGUCAGCUUCUUCCACAAAACCAACCGCUUGCACUGGACCAGAUUUUAGAGAAGGACAUGGCAAAAGCAGGAAAGUGGAUGGACCUCAGAUUUGAUUUUGAGCUUAUUAGUAAUGAAAUGGGGGAUAUCAUCCUGGAAGAAUUGACUGCAGAAACAAUAUAUGAGCUGUGUACAUGAAGUUCUGAUACUUCCCUUUAGGUUUUCCAGAUUUCAGGCCAGUUGGGAAAAGAAAAUGAUGACAGUGACAAGUUCUAAAACAGGCAGGUGUUGGGUUCUGUCAAAUUGCAUCUAUAGCACAUUGCUAAGUAUGGAUGCACAGAACUCCAUCAAGACAAAAGGAUUCAAUGAAAAUUAAAAAAGAAAAAAAGAAUAGGAAAGGGUUUUGCCUUAGGAUGGUUUGUACAAUGUUAUACAAUGGCUCUGACCUGGUCAAAAUGAGAGUGAUCAGGUGAUCAUAGAAAUAAACCAGUGGAGAUUUCAUAUGGAGAGCUCCAUAUUUUUUUUCUCCCUUGGCUGUUGCAGACCCGGUCAGCCAUACAACUAAUAGAGUGAAGAGGGAUCCUUCUCAUCAUUAUAAGCAGAUCGGGUGGGCUUUUUCUGUUUGAGGGAUUGGUUUUAUUUUGACUGAUCAUUUUUGUUGUUCAUUCCUCUCAUUCAGUAUGAUUCAAUCUUCUGCGUGGUUGUUGUCGCUCGAUUCACAUGUUUGGGUAUACUAUACUGUAAUUAGAAAGUAAAAUGAAAGAAAAUUUUGCAUUCAAA